AUGGCUUCCUACAAUAUUAUUCACCUUGUCAUUUGCCUGACAUUCUUGUCACUUCUGCAGCUACCAAUGCCUUCACACUGUGCCGAUCCUGGUCCAUUGCAGGAUUUCUGUGUUGCGGAUUUGAGCUCCCCAUUGCUUGUCAAUGGCUUUCCGUGCAGAAAGCCGGAGACUGUAACUUCCAACGACUUCUUCUUUGAUGGGCUGCAGAAAAGGGGAAGGGUGUUCAAUCCCCUUAAUGUGAACCUCACUGAAGUAGACGUCUUCGCAUUUCCAGCGCUGAACACUUUGGGGGUGUCCAUGAACCGAGUUGAAUUUCUUCCCGAAGGAGAAAACCCACCCCACACCCACCCUCGUGCUAGCGAGUUGUCCCUGGUCACGGAGGGGAAACUGUUUGUGGGUUGGGUAUCAACUCAAUAUAUUCUGUACUGGAAAGUUCUGACCGCAGGAGAAGUGUUCGUGAUUCCUCCAGGGUUAGUGCACUUUCAGCGUAAUGUCGGGGAGGGGAACGCAGUAUUUUAUGCUUUCUUUAACAGUCAGAAUCCAGGGAUUUCGAAGAUAGCCCCCACACUCUUUCAUUCCACGCCUUUGAUUCCAGAUCAAGUGCUUACAACAGCAUUCAAUGUGAAUCAAACUAUCAUCGACCUCAUCAAGUCCGGGGCCUCUGUGCUGCUUCCAUAA